AUCUGUUUCAUUUCGUGCAUAUCCAACGGGCACUCACUAAUCACUAACAACUGUUACUUUGAUUCCAUACAAGGCAAGGCAAGGCAACCAAAUAAUAAUAAUAAUAAUAAUAAGGAAAAAACAGCUCUGAUUGCAUUGGCACGAAACUUCCAUGUUCUGGGCAUUCUGAAAUACCAAGAACAAAAGCCAAUCAAUUAUUGAAAAGAUGCUGAGCUGGAGAAAGCAUUUUAACUUUCCUUUCCUUGUUGAUUUUGUCAUGUGGAUUAAAUUUUCAAAAAGCCUGAAGCAUUAGCAGGAUCAGAUCCAAAUCCACUUCCAGUCCACUAUUCAGGAAUCUCUGCAUUUUCGGACGAUGCUACCAGGGGUUUUCGCAUCUGGGGAAGAAAAGUAAUUGCCAAAGUUUUAUAGAUAAUUAAGUUGAUGGGGGGCAAAAAUUCAAGGGAGGGAAGUUGGAGGUCCAAUUCUUCUAUACGUUCAAAUUCGUCGUCAUGGGGAGGUUCAAAUCAUGGUUAUUCUGAAUCCUCGUAUGGUCAAGAAAACUACAGCUACAACCACCCGCCCCAGCAAUUUUAUGGUCAAGAAGGUUAUAGCUACAACUACGCACCUCAUCAAUCAGAUGGGUCACAUCAACAUUGUUCGUCCUCGCAGAACUUUAACCAUGAUAGAAGGCAGCUUGAUAGGAAGUAUUCAAGAAUUGCUGAUGAUUACAAGUCCUUGGACCAGGUGACUGAGGCCCUUGCACGUGCUGGCCUUGAGUCUUCCAAUCUUAUUGUUGGUAUUGAUUUCACAAAGAGCAAUGAGUGGACAGGUGCAAGAUCAUUUAACAGACGAAGCUUGCAUCACAUUGGAGAUGGUUUAAAUCCCUAUGAACAAGCAAUAUCCAUUAUUGGAAAAACUUUAGCUGCAUUUGACGAGGAUAACUUGAUUCCCUGUUUUGGAUUUGGGGAUGCUUCCACACAUGAUCAGGAUGUUUUCUGCUUCUAUCCUGAUGAGAGAUUCUGCAAUGGAUUUGAGGAAGUUCUGAGUCGCUACAGGGAAAUCGUGCCCAAUCUUCGACUUGCAGGACCGACAUCUUUUGCUCCUGUCAUUGAAAUGGCAUCAACCAUUGUUGAGCAGAGUGGUGGCCAGUACCAUGUUUUAUUAAUAAUUGCAGAUGGGCAGGUUACUAGAAGUGUUGAUACAGCACGUGGCCAGCUAAGUCCUCAGGAGCGGAAGACUGUUGAUGCCAUUGUAGAGGCAAGCAAGCUUCCCUUAUCAAUUGUAUUAGUUGGGGUUGGAGAUGGACCUUGGGACAUGAUGAGGGAAUUUGAUGAUAACAUCCCUGCUCGAGAGUUUGAUAAUUUCCAGUUUGUAAAUUUCACAGAAAUCAUGUCAAAGCGUGUGGACUCAUCCCGAAAGGAGACAGAAUUUGCUCUUGCUGCUCUAAUGGAAAUUCCUUCCCAAUAUAAAGCAACAAUAGAGCUUAAUAUAUUGGGUCGUGGCAAGGGGAAUGUUUCUGAGAGGGUUCCUCUCCCUCCACCUUUAUAUGGUGCAGCAUCUUUCAGCAGCUCUAAACCUUCUCGAUCUAGCAGUUAUAAGCCAAGUGUUCCUUCUUAUCCGGUUGACAGCCGACCUGCCAGCUCAGCUCCAUCUGCUCCAAGUUCAACUUAUGAUAAUCAGGUUUGUCCCAUAUGCCUCACUAAUGCGAAGAACAUGGCCUUUGGUUGCGGUCAUCAGACAUGCCGCGAAUGUGGAGAAAGCCUUCAGUUAUGUCCUAUCUGUCGAAGAGAAAUUCAAAUGAGAAUAAAGCUUUACUAAGCAGCGGUGCAUCGAUUGCUCCUUUUUUUUUGUAUAAAUUAAUUUUUAUCAUUCUUUGUGUUCGUUAUAUAAAUAUUCAAAAUAUUGGUUCUGCUGGUGUUAGCUUCGGAUGUAUGAUCUGAAUUCAAGGAAAUCAAUUCAAUGUUCUGUGUAAAUUACUCGUA